AAAAACAAAAUAAAAUACAACUGCCUCUCACUUUUUGAUUGGACUCUGUGCUUGGGGGGAUCGCUAGCACUCUCUCGCAAUCAGAGAGAGAGAGAGAGAGAGAAAAAGAGAGAAACAGUUGCUGUGUGGGGCCCAGUGGUCCCCAGUUCCCCCAUUCGCGAAUUCUGCUCCGUCGUCGUCGGUCUAACGGUCUUGCUGCACGCAUCUUACGGCACAUUGGCAGCGAAAAAUCGCGCUAAUAAUAAAUUGAAACCGAAAUCAGAAGAUCGGAAAACCAAAUAGAGCGUUCGACUGCUACCCACCCGAAAUCCACAAUCCACAAUCAAUUAUCUUAAGUGAUAAUAAAGCAAGCGAAAGAAGGAAAGAGAGAGCGAGGGAGAGAGAGAGACAGACAAAAUGCAUGUGCCUUUCUAAAGGAAAAACAGAGAGGAAGAUAUUAUUGGAGCAGUAUCAUAGCAAAUAAGAGGGUCCUGGAUGUACCUACACAUACAUAUGUCUAUAUAUAUAUAUGGAUUAUAGAUAACUGAUAUAUUUAUUUUAGAGUACUUCGACUUUGAGAGCUCACUUUUGAUCUAGACACCGCUCAGCCGCUCCUCUACCCCUCUCACUUACACAGAACCUGCACAAUGGGUAAAGAUUACUACAAGACCCUGGGGUUGCCAAAAACUGCCACCGACGAGGAGAUCAAGAAGGCCUACAGGAAAUUGGCCCUACGCUACCAUCCCGACAAAAACAAAGCCGCCAAUGCCGAAGAGAAGUUCAAAGAGGUCGCCGAGGCGUACGAGGUCCUCUCGGACAAGAGCAAGCGGGAGGUGUACGACAAAUACGGCGAGGAUGGUCUCAAGAGCGGCGGCACCAGGAACGGCGGCAACACGAACAAAACAUUUACAUAUCAGUUCCAUGGCGAUCCGCGUGCCACAUUCGCCCAGUUCUUCGGCAACAGCAAUCCCUUUGCCCCCUUCUUCGACAUGGGCGACAAUCUGUUCGACAAGAACGUCUUCGAUCUGGACACGGAACCCGAUUUCUUUUCAUCGCCAUUUGGUGGCAUUGGCUCGAGGCAUGGUCUCGGCAGUGCCUUCAGGCCCUCUUUCAGAUCACACUCCUUCAAUGUGCACACGCCGUUCAAGAAGGAACAGAAACAGGAUCCACCCGUCGAGCACGAUCUCUACGUGACCCUGGAGGAGAUCUAUCAUGGCUGUGUUAAGAAAAUGAAAAUCUCCCGACGCGUCGUCCAGGCAGAUGGUAGCUCCCGCAAAGAGGACAAAGUCCUGCAGAUAUCCAUCAAGCCCGGCUGGAAGUCGGGCACCAAGGUCACCUUCCAGAAGGAGGGCGACCAGGCGCCCGGCAAAAUCCCCGCCGAUAUUGUGUUCAUCAUUAGGGAUAAACCCCAUGCCAUGUUCAAGCGCGAGGGCAGCGAUCUCCGCUAUACGGCGAGACUAACGCUCAAGCAGGCUCUCUGCGGCGUCGUCUUCCAAGUUCCUACCAUGUCCGGCGACAAGCUGCGCAUCAGCACCAUGCAGGAGAUCAUCAAGCCGAACACGGUGAAGCGCAUACAGGGCUACGGCCUGCCCUUCCCCAAGGACACCACACGGAAAGGUGAUCUGCUCGUGGCGUUCGACAUACAGUUUCCCGAGAAAUUGACUGCCGCCCAGAAGGAGGUGCUCAAGGACAUGUUAUGAUUCGGAUGCUCCCCCCCACCCCCCACCACCCUCCAUCGAUGAGCAACGACUCAACACACUCAUCCCCAGUGCGGAACGUGACUGGGGCUUAGUCAUACCAUACACACACACACACACACACACAUAACACUCAAAAUCAACCGGAAUCAGUCUCUCUCUCUUUCUCUCUCUAUGUCUAUCUCUGCUCUGUUCAUCAGCAUAUCAGUCAUCCACAGGCAUCCUGCAGUUGGGAUGACCUUUGACCCUUGGCCCCCCACCCCCAUCAUUUUUGCUUGUUUGUGUUCAAUACAUUUUUGCGCAUUUUUUACAGGAACUUUUUUAUAACUCUCCCCCCGCCCUCCACCACCCCACUGGCCGGUUUUGCUCAUUUACGCCCCCGAACCGCUCCUUACCUACACGAUUACAUAAUAUACAUGUUGACCAUAGUUAUUAUAUCAUUAAUUCUUAAUUUAUUUGUCUAAAUUAAAGCUACAUUUAAUAAAUUACACACAAAAAAUACAUGUGGAAGAAAAAACAAGCGAAA